UUUUCAAUUUUUUUUCCUUUUUAAUUUUCCUUUCUAUAUCUCUCUCUGUGUAUAUAUAUAUCUGCAUCAGUACCUGUCCGGGCGAUGAAUCCAUCGCAAUAUAUGGACAAGCAGAUAAUGGAUCCAUCGUCGUCGUCGACAUCAGUUCAUCAUCAGGGGUCGCUGUUGCAGGACAAAUCUUUUAUUGAUUUGAUGAAUCAUCCUUCCCAAGAAGACGGCGAUCAUGAUGGUGCUACUGAUAAUCUUUCUGAUGACGAUAACGGAAUUAAGAGAUCAGUGAUCUUUCCAAGCUAUGAUUUCCAGCCGAUUCGCCCAAUUUCGACUUCUUCUCCUAAACUCGAUGGCGUUGGAGCAGGAUCCGCGAGGGUUUGGAGCUCUGCCGAGUCUAAAAUAAACUCAACUGCCAAUAUUACUAGAAACUACAGUUCUUUGGACACUAUUGAACCUGCAAAAGUUAUUGUAGAGAAGGAGCAGAAUGUCUUUGGUGCUGGGAUAGUGGCUGAGAUUGACCGAGUCAUGAAGAAACAUACUGAUAAUUUGCUGCAUGUGAUGGAGGGCGUUAGUACACGACUGACGCAGCUGGAGAGCCAAACACGCAACCUUGAGAAUUCCAUGGAUGAUUUGAAGAUGUCUUUUGGAAACAAUCAGGGGAGUACUGAUGGGAAAAUGAGACACCUGGAGAAUAUUUUGAGAGAGGUGCAAACAGGGGUGGAAGAUUUGAAGUAUAAACAAGAAGGAGUAGAGGCUCAGCUACGGCUUUACAACAUGCAAGUGUCCAAGGUAGAAAAACACUCGGAGAACCAGAAUACUGGGCACAUGGAUACUGCGCAAGCGGCAUCCGCUCUUCCUCAAUCUUACCAACAACUUCCUCCUGCUACUUUUCCUCAGUCAAUUCCUCCUCUUGUUAUGCCACCAUCUGUUCCUCUUCCUCCAGUUUCUAUUCCUCAACAGAAUCCACCACAUCCAGCUCAGCUUCCUAAUCAGUUCCCACAGAAUCAGACACCUUCAGUACCUCAGCGAGAUCCGUACUAUUUGCCUUCUGGUCAAGCUCAAGAAGCCCCAGCUCCAAAAUAUCAGGCACCUCCAUCUCAGCAGCCACAGCUCUCUCCUGCAGCACCACCGCAUCAACCAUAUCAACCUGCUCCUCAGCCGCAGUACCCCCAGCCACCACAACCAACACAGCCUUCUCAGCUCCAACCUUCGCUGGGUCACCAUCCUGAAGAGACACCUUACAUGCCUCAUCAAAACUACCCGCCUAACUUACGUCAGCCACCUUCUCAGCCAUCCACUGGGUCUUCUCCCUCCCAACAAUAUUAUGAAGCUCCCUCACACUUGUAUGAGCCGCCCUCCAAUAGAUCUGGCUCGGGUUUUUCCUCUGGAUAUGGGCAACCAGCUGUGUCUGAAUCAUAUCCUUUCAGUGGACAACCUUCUCAGUAUGGUAGUAGCUCUCCCAGGAAACCACAACUCUCUACUCCCCCUGUGGCACAGAUUGGUGGAAGUGGGUAUCCUCAACUUCCAACGGCUCGGGUAUUACCACAAGCUCUACCAACUGCUUCUGGUGUUGGCAGUGGGUCAAGCGCUGCAGGAUCUGGUAAUAGGGUCCCCGUUGAUGAUGUGAUUGACAAAGUAUCAAGUAUGGGAUUUCCAAGAGACCAUGUUAGAGCGACUGUUCGAAAGCUAACGGAGAAUGGCCAGUCAGUGGACCUUAAUGUUGUACUGGAUAAACUGAUGAAUGAUGGGGAAUUCCAGCCUCCGAGGGGUUGGUUUGGUCGCUAACAAGCUGUCUUGGGGAUUCUACAAUCUCAUUUCUUGAUCUGCUUCUCUGAGAGGAACUGGUUUCCUGGAUAGUGUGGGAGUUACGUCUCUUUGCAUGUUCUAUCUCUCCAACCCCUCCCCUCAUUUUUUCUUCUCACGUGAAAUUUCACCUUAUUGCUUUUCUGUCUAGCUGUGGAUUGUAAGUUGUAACUGGUUAGCUUUAUCGCAUUUGUGUAUACUCUAAAAUAAUUUGGAAUGCAUUGUUGAAUCUUUGGUGGUCCUGGACGCUUAGUUAUCUGUUUCUAUUAGUUGGUUGAUAAGUGCUGGACUUUGGCUUGAAUUGGUCCGA